CUCAAACACUGUUGAUAGGAUGGAAAUACGGAAGAACUCGAAGUUCAAAGCGGGCAACAAAUUGGUGAUCACUUCAGUUGCCUUCCAAGACCACUUAACGCGGACCCUGCUGCAUCCAGACUUCUCACUGUCUGACCCUUUCCUGAGGCGCAUCAGGAAACCCUCCAAAGAUCCAAAAGCGAGGGAGAGAGUGGACGGGAAGCGUCUACAGGGACGAGAUGGGCACGAAGACAGAGAAUAUGUGCUUGAUCCUGCUCCACCUCCUUUAACGUUAGCUCAGAAGUUGGGUUUGGUGACCUCCCCCGGAGAGAGACUGACAGAAGACGAGUGGACUCAGGUCAAGGCGAGGUCUGUUCAGCAGGAGGAAUCAGCUCAGCCUUGUGCAAUAUGCAGGGAGGAGUUUCGCCUCCAGCCUCAGGUGCUGCUGUCCUGCUCUCACGUUUUCCACAGAGCAUGUCUUCAGGCCUUUGAGAGGUUUUCUGGGAGGAAGUGCUGCCCAGUGUGCAGAAGAGAGCAGUAUGAAACGCGUGUGAUCCAUGACGCAGCGCGACUUUUCAGACAUCAGUGUGCCACCAGGAUUCAAGCACACUGGCGAGGCUAUGUUGCUCGAAAAUGGUACAGACACGUCAAGAAAACCAGCUGUCCAAAAGACAAAAAGCAGAGGCGCAAGUAUUUUGAAGCCAGGUUGCAGGAGUUGAAUGACAGCUUUGUCCGAUACUGUCACACCGACACGGAGGCUUUUCUGAGUGAUAUCGACCGCUCGCUGUCAUCAAGCAGACGAGUGUUCCAGCAGCUGGAGAGAAAGAGCGUCUCUGAACCUCAGGAGAAUGACUGGUACCAAAUAAAGAGCCAGGUUAUUAAGAGAGGUGUCUGGGACUGUCCCAUCUGCCUGACUGCACUGAGUGACCCCAUGUUCCCACCACAGUCUAACAGCUCCAGCCUCCAGCAGCACAGAAGCACCGUCCUCCUGUCCUGUUCCCACCUUUUCCACCAGCUCUGUUUGGAAGCCUUUGAGACCUUCACCGCCUUCACUCCGCAUACCAGACCUUCAUGUCCGCUGUGCAGAUCUGCCUACCACAAAAAACUCAUCUAACCAGGUAGUUUAUUCCAUUUAGUCGUAUUUCUUUAAUUUUAAAAGUGGUAAAAUCACAGGAAUAAACAGCAUUAAAGCUAACAGGAGACUGCAACUAGCUAUCUGCAAGAUAUGAAGUUUAAACAUUAUUGCCAAACUGUCUCUAGCAACAAUAAGUUGCACGUGACAGUUGUUUGACAAGAUGUAAAUAUAGCAUGCAUCUCCACAUUAAAACACAAGC